AUGAACCAAGGGUCGUCGAAGAUCUAUGGCCAGAACACGGUAGUGGGUGCUUCAUACUCCCAUGCUAGCAUUUUACAGGAUGUUUCGUCCCAUUCACGCCCUAGAACACCAAGUCGAACAUCGGGGCCGUAUGCCCCAUACCCGGCAUCGCAUUUUGGCUCUCGAUCUGGAAAUGCGAUUGCAUCGCCUCCGCGAGAACCCUACGCUGGUAUUAUGGUCAAAGGUGGUGACGAGUGGGGUCACGAGGACGACGACGACGACGAUGAUGAAAUUGUGUAUGACGAUGAUGAAGACGAAUUUGGACUCCCGAGCUUGGCCAGCAUGCGGCGGAAAAAGACAGCUCCUUUGAAACCCCAGAACAUUGGCCCUGGCGUCGGUGUCGGAGGAAACCCGCCGGCUCUGGGGCAUGGAUUGGCAGCUACCAACCGGCAGCGAACGAAUAGCUCAGAUAUUGCCGAAGAACGUGGAAGCCCCAUGUAUCCCUCAUCCCGGAAAGGCGACGGGAAAAUCCUUCGACCUCAGUACAAGGACAUUUUACAAGACCCUGCCAAUGCCCUGAACCUCAUCAAUCAUUCCGCACCACCGACGAAUGCGUCGCCCAAGGAGAGAGAGAUGCACUCGAGUCGGAUCUCGCGAAUCAAUAAAUUCAAACGCAUCCUGCAAGCAAGCACCGUGUCCGUGACCGAACUGCGAGACUUGGCCUGGUCAGGAACCCCAGAUGAAGUGCGGGCGAUGACUUGGCAGCUUCUACUUGGGUAUCUUCCCACGAACAGUGAACGGCGCAUCUCGACGCUGGAGCGAAAGCGUAAGGAAUAUUUGGACGGAGUCCGACAGGCCUUUGAACGAGGGAGCGGAUCUAAUGCUAGCAACCCUCCUGCCUCGAGCACAAAGCGUGGCAGAGGCCUAGACGAAGCCAUCUGGCACCAGAUCAGCAUCGAUGUUCCGCGGACUAGCCCCCAUAUUCCACUUUACGGUUACGAAGCAACUCAACGGUCCCUGGAACGCAUCCUCUAUGUGUGGGCGAUCCGACAUCCCGCGAGUGGUUAUGUGCAGGGCAUUAAUGACCUAGUCACACCAUUCUGGCAGGUUUUCCUGGGGAUGUACAUUACCGAUUUGAAUGUUGAAGAAGGCAUGGAUCCGGGGCAAUUGCCCCGGAGCGUGCUGGAUGCGGUGGAAGCGGACACCUUUUGGUGCAUUUCGAAGCUGCUUGACGGGAUCCAAGAUAACUACAUAUACGCCCAGCCGGGGAUCCAUCGACAGGUCAGAGCCUUGCGUGAUUUGACGAUGCGCAUCGACUCGGCUCUCGCCAAGCACCUAGAAAGCGAAGGAGUUGAAUUUAUGCAAUUCAGCUUCCGAUGGAUGAACUGCUUGCUCAUGCGGGAAAUGAGCAUCAAGAACACGAUACGCAUGUGGGAUACGUACAUGGCUGAGGAGCAGGGCUUCUCGCGGUUUCAUCUGUAUGUCUGCGCCGCGUUUUUGGUCAAGUGGACCGACCAGCUGGUGAAGAUGGAUUUCCAGGAAAUCAUGAUGUUUCUCCAAGCAUUACCUACGAAAGAUUGGACCGAAAAGGAUAUCGAGCUCUUGCUCAGUGAAGCAUUUAUCUGGCAGAGCCUAUUCCAGGACUCGCGCGCUCAUCUUCGACCUGCGGGUGAUGUGCCUCCGGAAAAUGGUAUCUUUUAUUGA